AUGACCGACGGAACGUCGUCGUCGUCAUCGUCGUCCGCAAAAUUCAUGUCUUCUGUCAACGGGCUCGCCCCGUCUACAAUUUUUGAUCGAAUCCACUCUGAUAUGGACGUUUCGGAGGAAAUGGAGGAGAUUCGUGAGGUUUUAUAUGAGAUGAUCAAGAAGAAUUUUUCAAUGGGCGUCGCGGCGACACAUUUGGCUGAAAAAUAUCAUGAGGAAUUUGUCUCCAAAGGAUUGGGUCGAGAACUUCCUGAAGACUGGAUUCAGCAAGUCACCGCAGCCGAGGAGUUUGAGGCGCAGACUCGUGGCCCUAUCACAAUCCUCUUCGUCCGCCUCUCCAACACCUCCUCCUUCAAACGGCCACCAAUCAAUUCUGUGAAUGUUCGAGUGAUAAACACGGAUCGAGAGCCAACAGCGGAUGAGUUGAAACGAAUCAAGCAGAGAAAAGAGAACGAGCCACUGGAGCAUGCAAAAACGCUUUCCCGCCAAUCCGCUGCUCUAAAAGAGGGAUCUACCGUAUCCAUCGUCCACGCAGACUCCCCCCGUAGAUUCUUCAUCCGAGCACUGGCCGACGACGAUCAAUACGAGAAAAUCGGGACCACACUGGCUGAAAUUUAUGCCCAGGAAACGCCCCCAAGUCCUUUGGAUUCCCGCGUCGCCAUUUAUGAAAUCGUCUCGGAAGGCGCCUACGCGCUUCAGGACUCAAAUGGAACAUGGUUUCGAGUCAUAGCCAAGCAGCCACCCCAAUCUGGUCAAGUUUUGUGUCAUUUUGUGGAUGUUGGCGUUUGUGAGAAAUUUCCAGUGGCGGCGAUUCGUCUGUUACCACCUGCGGUACAUCCUGUCAUGUCUAUCGGCGCAAUGGCUCGAGAAGUGUGUCUGGAAGUCUCCGAGGAGGAUUCUGAAAAAUUCAACAAUAAAUUUGUGGACCUAACAUUCGAGACAAAGGAAGACGGUGUUCAAAGCCCUGUAAAUCUUACGCUCUCUAAAUUCGACACCUCCACCGAACUACCAAUUGUGGACCUAUUCAAUUCUGAAAAUCAAUCAAUAACUGAAAUUCUGAAAAAGCCAUCUGGAAUCGUCCGAUUGACCACGCACACAAAAAGUGCUCCGGUAUCAGCAGCAGCCGCAGCCAGUUUGACAUGUCUUUUUGAUAAACCAGCUACAAUCCAACCAAUGACCGUAUCCCAAAUGCCAAUGUCCGCUUUCCCUGCAAAUGCGAUUUUCGCGGCGGGACCCACAGAUAUUUCUCUCCGGCAAUUAUCCCUGGACCCUAUGCCAGAUUAUAUGUAUGCAAAAUUAAAAGAAGAAUGCGCUCUACCGGACUCUCAGUUGGAAAAUGCACCGGAAUUCGGAUCUUUCUACGCCGCUUUCAUCGAUGAGCGAUGGGAACGUGUCCAAUGCAUUCGUGCGUCGAAAAUAGACAAACAAGCCUACUGUGUGUAUCUCCUCGACGUCGGCGCCUUCCAAUACGUUCGAAAAGAGGCGAUGCGUCGUCUGAAUUCGACAUCGCCGUUUAAGAAAAUGCUCAUGUUCAAGUGUAAAAUCGGCGGAGUUAAGCCGGUAACAGGCGGCGAGGUGUGGAGUCGUGAAUCGCAUGAAGCCGUCCGAGAAUUCUUCGAAGCCGCGUGCGGCGAACCGGUUGUGGUCGAGCCAUCGCCACCAGGCUGGUCCCAAUGGAAACAGCUUAAUGCUCCGGGAGUGCCAACUUGUGAGGCUCGCCUCUCUUGUUGUGGUCGAGACAUCGGUGAUUGGCUGAUUGCUUGUGGUCUGGCUCUUCCGAUAAAUGCUCCGAUCCCCAGUCCCAACUCUCAGUCGCUCCUGGCCUUCGUCCCACCGCCAAUCAAUAUAGUUAGCGGGCGAAUUUGA